AUGAAACUUCAACUUUCAGAAACUCAACGUGUUAGAUUAUUAGAACUUUAUCAAAGUUUACAAUUAGACUACACUUUCGUUAAUAUACAAAUGACCUCUACACGAAUUAUUGUACAAAGUAGCUUUCAACAAACUUCUUUAACAAUUCUUACUCACUACCGACGAACACGACCUCAAAACUUUAACAGAUAUAUUGAAGAUGCAUGUAAUGCUGAAGUUGACCUUGACCUUGAAUUAUAUGAUAAAGAAGAUAUCUUAUCUCUUGUAAGUGUUGUCAUUGAUACUGCAAAAACAAAUGGACAACGACUUCUUGCAUACUUGAAAUCCUGGUCUUUAUUAUCAAAAGAUCUUGUUGAGUGGCAAUUAACUAUGAAACAACUGAGACAAGAAGUUCAACAAAUAACUGGUCAAAAUGGUGCUCGAUUCUUAACUGUUAUAAAUAGAGUGCAGAGAUUAUUGUCUGUACUUGGAGAAUUUCCAAUCCCUCAAUUUAGAUAUAUUACCUCUAAUUGGUUAUAUCAUUUAACUAGUGUAGACUUUGAUUAUUUUAUUCGAAAAUAUAGAGAAUAA